ACAGGAAGUGAUUUGAGCGCACUCUGCUCUGUGGCCUUCCAGAACUUCGGGAGUUUAGCAAGCUUUAGGGACGGAUUCACCGCGCUGCCUUCCUACCGCUUUAAGUGAGGGGUAAAGCACGAAGUCCUGCCCAAGCCCUGGCUCGCUGAGCUCCGCACGCCAGCCUUGAGAGCCUAAAGUUCAAGGCCACCGGCAAGCUUAGCGUUUAGAAGCUGGUGGGGGUGGGGAGAGAAAAGAGGGAACUGGGAAGAGGGGAGGAAGUUCAACGUCGAUCCCUUCCCUGCCUUCCUCAGGAAAGCCAAUAUGGCAUCUUCCCUGAGAAGCCUGUUCACCGACCAUGGCCGAUACGUAGAGGCUUUUCGGAGUUUUCUCGGUAAUUCCACGGAACACCAGUGCAUGCAGGAAUUCAUGGACACGAAGCUUCCCGACAUAAUAGCAAGGAUUGGAGAUGCAAAAUCAGAAAUUAAGAUUCUAAGCAUAGGCGGAGGUGCAGGUGAAAUUGAUCUUCAAAUCCUUUCCAAAGUCCAAGCUCAAUUCCCAGGUGUUUGUAUCAACAACGAAAUUGUUGAACCAAGUGCUGAACAAAUUGCCAAGUACAAAGAGCUUGUAGCCAACACAUCAAACCUUGAGAACAUAAAGUUUGCUUGGCAUAAGGAGACAUCAUCUGAAUAUCAAAAUAGAAUGAUGGACAAGAAAGAGAUUCAAAAGUGGGACUUUAUUCAUAUGAUUCAGAUGCUGUAUUAUGUAAAAGACAUCCCAGCUACUGUGAAAUUCUUCCAUAGUCUCUUAGCUACUAAUGCUAAGAUUCUCAUUAUUCUUGUGUCAGGAAGUAGCAGCUGGAAGAAGCUAUGGGAAAAGUAUGGAUCGCGCCUACCCCGGGAUGACCUCUGCCAGUAUGUCACAUCGUCUGAUCUCACUCAGAUGCUGGAAAACCUGGGGAUUAAGUAUGAGUGCUAUGACCUCCUGUCCACCAUGGACAUUACUGACUGUUUUAUUAAUGGCAACGAAAAUGGAGCCCUGCUUUGGGAUUUUUUGACAGAAACCUGCAACUUUUGCAAAACAGCCCCACCAGAUCUCAAAGCAGAAAUUAUGAAAGACCUCCAAGAGCCAGAAUUUAGUGUGAAGAAAGAGGGGAAGGUUCUUUUUAAUAACAGUCUGAGUUUCAUGGUGAUUGAGGCAUGAAUCACAAGAGUAUCCAAAAAUCAUAUUUUGAACAAUUAUUGAUCAUAUAUUUACAUAUUAAAUAAAAAUGCUUACCAUAAUAUGGAUAACUUGUUGUCUCUUAUAAAUGACAUUUAAAAACAUUCUAAGAUGUUUGGAUUUGUAUACAGCAUCAUGUGGGGUACUAAUAGUCAUAUCCUGUCCCUGCAAGACCACUUGCAGGCUGAACUUCACCUAAACUAAAAACAUGAAACUUGAGUGUCAUAGAUAAUAAAAUCCUUUUCUUCUGCUUA